AACUGUACCGAGGGAACCCAAGUCAGCUUUAAAGACGACAAUCUUCCUUGUUCUUCGUCUCUUUCAGUUCCGUUUAAAAAAAACUAAGUUCAAAACCCAGAAAAAAGCUAAAAAAAAGAAGGAAAAUUGAAGGCUAAACAUGAAAUCUAUGGAGUUUUCAGCCUUCAAACAAUCACACUGGAGAUGGGCUUUCUUGUUUAUCUUUUCUUUGUUCGUUUCCACCUCUUUCUCUGAUCCAAGGAUCACAAUCGCCGGGCUUUUCUGCGGCAAUUCUCGGGCGCCAAACGGGACGAACUACGUUCCGGAUUUCACUGAAGUGAUGAAACAGUUGUCAAAUCAGAUCAACAAUAAUAUCUUUGCUUCAUAUCAUCUCAACUCUACGCCUCCAAUGUAUGGUUUGGCUCAGUGCCAUGGAGAUUUGGACCAAACGGAUUGCCUCCUUUGCUAUGCCGAGGCAAGGACUCGAAUCCCACGUUGCCUUCCUCGCUCGGCUCGAAUCUUCCUCGAUGGCUGCUUCUUGCGUUACGAUUAUUACCUGGAUUUCUUUCACGAAUCCGUUUCGUCAACUUUCGAUGCCGUUAAUUGCAGUUCCAAUAAUGUAACAAUGGUCGGUCAAGAUAACAACAGCAGGAUGAUUUUGUUUGGUAGAAACGUUGACCAUGCGGUCGGGAAUGUAACGAGUAUUGCUUUGAGAAGAAACGGAUUUGGGGCGGUCGGGGUGGAUGGGGUGUAUGCAUUGGCGCAGUGUUGGGAGAGUCUUACGCCGGCGGAGUGUCGGCAGUGCCUGCAGAAGGCGGCAGAGACGGUGAGAGGAUGCGUGCCCAAGGAGGAAGGGAGAGCUUUGAAUGCUGGGUGCUAUUUGAGGUACUCCACAAGUAGGUUCUAUAAUGAAGGGGCCGAUUCUGAUGGUCACAAUGGGCUCUCAAUUGGAGUCAUUAUAGCAAUUGUCUCAGCAUCAUCUGCAUUCCUAACACUUGCUGUUGCAGCAGCUUAUGCUACAUAUGCAAGAUUAUCAAAAAGGAAAAGAGAGCUAAAAAAUCUGGGCCGGAUUUCGAAAAGGUUCAACAAUUCAGGUUUGAAGUUCAAGUAUGAAACUCUUGAGAAAGCAACAGAUUAUUUCAGCCCUUCGAGGAAAUUAGGACAAGGAGGAGCUGGUUCAGUGUUCAUGGGGAUUCUUCCUGAUGGAAAAACCGUAGCUGUAAAGAGAUUGAUAUAUAAUACGAGGCAAUGGGUCGACGACUUCUUUAAUGAAGUAAAUUUGAUCAGCAGAAUUGAACACAAGAAUCUGGUAAAGCUUCUUGGUGCUAGCAUUGAGGGCCCAGAAAGUCUCCUGAUUUAUGAAUAUGUGCCCAACAAGAGCCUUGAUCAGUUCAUUUUUGAUGAGGAGAAAUCAAAACUUCUAAACUGGAAGCAAAGAUUCGAUAUCAUUGCCGGAACAGCUGAGGGUCUAGCGCAUCUUCAUGGAGAAGGUUCUCCCGUAAGGAUAAUCCACAGAGAUAUUAAGUGCAGCAAUAUUCUUUUAGACGAGAAUCUUAAUCCAAAAAUUGCGGAUUUUGGGCUUGUUCGAUGUCUAGCUACCGAGAAGAGUCAUCUUAGCACUGGGAUUGCUGGAACACUAGGAUACAUGGCUCCCGAGUACCUUAUUCGAGGGCAACUUUCUGAGAAAGCUGAUGUUUAUAGUUUUGGAGUACUUGUUCUUGAGAUUGUAUGUGGUAAAAAGAAUAGCAGCUUCACAAAGUCCGGUUCCCUUCUACAGACAGUUUGGACACUUCACAAAUCAUAUGCCUUGGCUGAAGCUGUUGACCCUUGCAUUAGAGAUGAAAUGUCGGCAAAAGAGGCCCCCGGUGUGCUCCAAGUUGGGCUAUUAUGCACACAAGCUUCAGUUCUCUUAAGACCAUCGAUGGCAGAAGUGGUUCAGAUGUUAACGGAUAAAGAUUACGAAAUUCCGAUGCCUAACCAGCCGCCAUUUCUAAAUGCUAAUGUGCUUGGAACAGCAACUUCAUCAGGAUCUUACAGCACAGACAGUUUCAUAUCAAAUGCUUUGAGGAAAAUUCAGGGUUCCGGUACUUCCUCCGAAUCUUCCAGGACUCAGUAAUUCGGAUGGUUCAACGAAAACACAAUUAUCAUUCCAUGGAAGCGAGAUUAUAAUGACCGAUAUUCGAGUGUCUCUUUUGCAUCACUGCACGUAACCGUAAGUUUCGAGAGACCUAUGAAUGUCCAAAGAUGACAAUACCUUUGAAGUAAGUACGCUAGAAGACAUCCAUAUCCCAGUGCAUCCGGUGAUUUGAGCAUCACAUCGGAUUGCCGGAUAUGACAGAGUUCGUAUGAAGGUAUAAGCUUGAAUCCCAAGGAUUAUGUUGCAAAAAUUUUGGAAGGUCAGAUGCUUAA